GAUGCUGACCGCCGCCGCCUUCCCACCAUGAACUUGCUCGCCGGGAUCUGGGGGCCGCUCCCCCUGCUCCUGCUCUGGGCCACGCCGCGGGUCGCCUCCUCAUGGUGGUACAUGGGGGCCGUGGGCUCGUCGCGGGUGAUGUGCGACAACGUGCCGGGGCUGGUGAGCCGGCAGCGGCAGCUGUGCCGCCGGCACCCCGAGGCCAUGCUCUCCAUCGGCCGCGGCGUGGCCGCCUGGACGGCCGAGUGCCAGCACCAGUUCCGCCGGCACCGCUGGGACUGCAGCGCCCUGGAGCGGGGGCAGCGCCUGCUCGGCCGCGUCCUGCUGCGCAGCAGUCGGGAAUCUGCUUUUGUCCACGCCAUCUCCUCCGCUGGGGUAGUUUUUGCUAUCACGAGGGCAUGUAGCCAAGGAGAGCUGAAAUCCUGCUCCUGCGAUCCCAAGAAGAAAGGCUCUGCGAAGGACAGCAAGGGUCAUUUUGACUGGGGCGGCUGCAGCGAUAACAUUGACUACGGUGUUAAAUUCGCCAGGGCCUUCGUGGAUGCCAAAGAGAGGAAAGGCAAAGACGCAAGAGCGCUGAUGAACCUGCACAACAACAGGGCUGGAAGGAAGGCCGUGAAGCGGUUUUUGAAACAGGAGUGCAAAUGUCACGGUGUGAGUGGAUCAUGCACUCUAAGGACCUGUUGGCUGGCCAUGGCAGACUUUAGGAAAACAGGAGAUUAUCUGUGGAAGAAAUACAAUGGAGCGAUUCAGGUGGUCAUGAAUCAAGAUGGCACGGGUUUCACUGUGGCUAAUAAGAGAUUUAAGAAGCCAACUAAGAAUGACCUGGUAUACUUUGAAAGCUCUCCAGACUACUGUAUCAGGGACAGGGAUGUAGGGUCCCCAGGGACGGCCGGCCGGGUUUGCAACCAGACGUCCCGCGGCAUGGACAGCUGCGAGGUGAUGUGCUGCGGCCGAGGCUACGACACCUCGCGCGUCAGCAGGAUGACGAAAUGCGAGUGCAAGUUCCACUGGUGCUGCGCCGUGCGCUGCCAGGACUGCCUGGAGGUGGUGGAUGUCCACACCUGCAAGGCGCCCAAGAGCGCCAGCUGGACGUCCCGGACAUGA